ACUAGAAAUAGGAAAAAGAAGUGUGACUCUGUCGUUUUCCCAUGCAACAACUGUGCCCGACUGGGUCUCGCUUGCGAACGGGAGACGAGACUCGUUUGGGAGGAUGAUACGAGAAGGGCCGGGAUGAAGAGGAGAGGUCCGCCAAAGCCGAGUACCCACCCCAAACAACACCAGGAAUCCGUAUCGACAAGGUCGAAAAAUUCCCCAAGACCAGAGGAGACAGAAGCAAAGUUUAAAUCUCUGUCAAAUAUUCCAGCCGCAAGCGGAACUAUCAAAGCUGUUGUCCGCUUCACUUCACAUCACUCAGCGUCAAGGUUGCGCAGCAUAUCAGCCUGGCCAUUCGAUCUCGACGAGAUAGAACACAGACUAUUGGAUCAUUACAUCCAGCGAUUCUCCAGGACGUAUCCAACAUGUUCAGGUCCCACGAAUCCGUUUUUGCGCAUCUUUCUACCGCUCUCCAUGCAGAGCCGGACUGUCUUGGAUGCGCUGCUAGCUCUCAGCGGCGUCCAAAGUUGGGAAAAUGGCAGCUUUGCAUAUCCCAGUAUGAUGUUGAAACUAAGGCAGAGGGCCUUGCGAGGGUGUAUGCAGUUGAUCACAAGCCUCGCAGAUCAUGCGCAACCGGAAGACCGCAUUCUUGCUCAAGCAUCUAUCAUAGAUCCCACGGCGCAAACCACGACCACUGAAGUGGGCAUCACACAUAAAGACAACUUUAUGCGCCUCCUUGCAAGCUGUGUCUUGCUUAUGCUGUACGAAAAGCUUGCUGGCGAAGGAGAAAAGAAUGGUUCUCCCCACCUUCAGUUCUUCGCCCGAACUGUUCCCAACCGCCUUGUCCUCGCCAUAGCGACAGAGUCUGCAGCGAAUACGAACAGUACAGAUAAUCCAUCGCAUGACGCAUUCCAAUUUCUGUCGAAUCUUUUUUUGUACAACGAUCUAGUUCAGUCUACAUCAUUAGGCACACCAACACUAUCGAAAUUCUACCUCGGAGAGACACCCUUGGACCACCUCGACGGUAUUGGCCGCUUUUAUUUCCCUCACCUCAUCGCCAGGAUAAGCACUGGAGACCUUAGUGUGACGGAUACAGACAUUGCCGCUUGGGAUGGGAGGUUGGAUUGGUUCCCAAGCUUUGCGCUUGACCCUCCAGAGAAAAGACAUUUCCACGAACGGCUUCCAGUUAGCGACAAGAUCAUCGCUCUCGAACCUCAGUUCAGACAAUUGGGAGAUUUCACUAGACCCAGUGAAUGGAAAGAACAGGGCCUCAUCUCAGAGCUGUAUCGUGUAGCGGCAACGGUAUACAGAAAGCAGUAUGCUGUCCGACAUCAGACAACGGUGUCUGAUGUAAUAAGCGCAAAAAUGGAUGACCAAGAUGGCUGUAUGGGGAAUCUUCCAUCUUGGGCGGCUCAACUCAUCGAUAUUUUGCCACUAGGGUCGCUUUUCGAAAACGCCCUCCUUUGGCCAAUUGGAAUUGCAGCCAAAGAGCUUACGGCAGAUCAUGCGGAAGAGCGAACUUGUAUCAUGACUAAAUUGGAAUCACUUGAACGGCGCUUCAAGAUGAAGAACUUCUAUUGCGUCAAGCAGUCUCUGGUCAAAAGCUGGAUGAUGAAGGACAUGGGGCUUGUAUAUGAGGACAAUGAAGCCAUCCUAUGUGGCUAGUGGACCGCCGUAUACGGUAGAUGCCUAUUGACCAAGAGGCCUCAUCUCAUGCAUCGUCUCUUGAAUAUACUUGAUCAUCUCAUUGGACCACUUCUCCACCUCCGCAACAUUCACCGUCUCGACUCGACAGAGACCACCCUUGCCCUGGG